AUGUCAGACCUCAAGCCCAUUAUCGUCUGGAGCUUGGGCUACAGCCCCAACCCCUGGAAGGUGGUCCUCACCUUCGAGGAACUUGGCCUUCCGUAUGAGAUGAAGCAAAUCGGCAUGGCAGAGCUCAAGCAGGAGCCGUACAUAUCCCUGAACCCAAACGGCCGAGUGCCAACAAUUGAGGACCCCAAUACGGGGAUAACGUUGUGGGAGUCCGGCGCCAUCGUCGAAUACCUCAUCGACACGUAUGAUACCAAAAUGACCCUCUCUUACGCUCGGUCCAAUAUGGCGCACUUCCACCAGACGCGUACCUGGACGUACUUCCAAUGCAGCGGCCAGGGGCCGUAUUUUGGCCAGAAAGCCUGGUUCCGCCGCAGCCACCCGGAGAGAAUACAAUCGGCCCUUGACCGUUACGAUAAUGAGAUCAAGCGUGUCACUGGAGUCUUGGACCUUCACCUGGGCAGAGAGGGCUCGCAAUACCUGGUGGGCGACAAAUGUACAUAUGCAGACCUCGUCUUCCUCCCCUACAUCAAGUUCCUGAAUGUCUUGAUCGCUCCGGAGAUAAACACCAAGACUUACAAGGAGUACGAGAAAUGGGUGGAAAGGCUUUGCGAUAGGCCGGCUGUCAAGAAAGUCUUUGCUUUGAUGGACCAGGCACUUGCGAGCGCCAGCUGA